CUCUAAAAAGGGAUAUUUUUAGUAAAUACCUUAUUUUUUAUUGACAACAAUCCAGCAAAAUAAUUUAAGGAAGGAUAUACUAAAAAUUUAAACCUUUUUUUAUAGCCUGGGUCAGUAGCGGAUUCUGGGUCUGCCGUGCCUGAACCUGACUGAUGAAUUCUGGGAACAAUAUUCAGCAGACAAAUAAUGCUAUUACACAAAAUAAAUAAUACUCAGUUGAAAAGACCGGAAAUAUCAAGACAAUCAAAGUGUGUAUAGCAGAGCUGAACAAAUCUUUGUCUUCUCAACCCAUUUCUGGUUCCAAGUCGAAUUCAGGUUGACUAAAAAAAUGGACUGGAUAGGACAAACUGACCCGAGCCUGACCCAAUACACGAAAUUUCGACCACUCAGUGAAACCCUUCUCCUUUGUUGAAAUCAAUGACGGCAACAGAAGUAUCCAAUUUGCAGAGAUAUGAAAAUUUCAGCAUGCAUGUAAGUAGAUAUAAGAGCUCUGAGUUACACAAAAUGCACAUUGAUGAUGCUUCGGGCAGGGACAGAGUUAGUAUUGGGGGAGGGGGGCACUUGCCAUGACUUCUCCGAUUUAUGAAAUUAUUGCAUUUUAUAGUAAAAAUUGAUAAGAUAUGCCGCAUAGUCUAGCCUUCAUGGUAGUGAGUCUGGAAGCAUUUUUCAGACAGAUAUGACAUUAGUUUACAGAGAUUUUGUAGUUUAUUUUUGAGUUCUUAUGACACAAAUUUUCUCCUUCUUUUUUCCCUCACUAGUUAAAAGUCCUAGAUCCGUCCUUGACUUCGGGUACACGAUAACUUAAGAAAAAAUAACAAAAAGAAGUGCCCAACUUGGAAAAACGAAAGGGAGACACGGAACAGUAAAAGAAAGUGAAUAAAGGAUUAGAUAAAGAGUUGUCUCUCUAACGAAGAAAGGAAUGGCACAAAAGUCCAUCACUGGGUUAUCUGAGGGAUGCAAGUUAACGUCCAAGAUUGAACUUAUGAGGUUGAUCCCGGGGUUGCAGCAGAGUAUGAAAAACUAAUUCUUUCCAAUACUAAACUUGGAAGACACGAUUAAAAAAAAGCUAAAGGAAAAGAAAGAAUAAUAAAAAGAAGUGCCGAAUUUGAAACUUGAAACUGAAGGAACAAAGAUGAUUAGUGUCCUUAAAUUGGUGUCUUAGGCCUUAAUCAUCAUUACCAUCAGAUGUCUGCCUCUACACCUAAAAUGAGUUCAUCAUUAAAGCAUUUUAGCCACCCAAAACACUCGCUAGUCCUAAAAGAUUUUAAUGUUGUUGGAGAUGAUGCUAGAUGCCAUGUUUGCGACACAAGUGUUGUAGGCUCUCUAACAUAUACUUGUAGUCGUAGUAGCGAUGAUGCUGAGUGUCAAGGUUUUUACCUCCACAAGCGUUGUGCAGAAUUACCCACUACAAUUACUUUCUAUAAGCACAACCAACACCCCCUUGUUCUGAUAAAACGCCCUAAUCACUUCUGUGAUGUUUGUGGUGGGGAUCUCAAGUUCUCUUACGCAUGCGAUGAUUGUCGAUUUGAUGUGUGUCUGAUUUGUGCUUUUCAACAAAGACUGCUUCAUCACCAAGGUCACCCUGAGCACCCACUCAUAUUGAUGCCCAGGAAAUCCUUGUUUAAAUGCGAUGCUUGUUAUGAAAAAGCCGAAGACUCUUCAUAUGUAUGCACCACCUGUGACUUGUGCAUCCACAAAAAAUGUGCCUUCUCUCCACUCACUAUCCCAACUCCUGCUUUUCACCAUCAUCCUCUUCAUCUUUUCUACUCUAUUCCUACAAUGCAUCGUUAUUUUGAUCGAUUCUGCAACAUCUGUCGGCAACGAGUUCAUAAAAGAUUCUGGAUGUAUUAUUGUCAUAAAUGCACAUAUUUUGUGCAUAUGAGAUGUGCCACAUCCUCACCUACAUCGUCUUCUCUAAAUGAGAUUGAAGACGAGGGCAGUCACAAUGAUGAAGCUGAUUUGAUAGAGCUUCCACUGCAUAGCGAGGAAUCGCUAUUUGAUCUCAUAAUAUCCCAGUGUCGCAAGCUCCAAUUUCAAUUUCAAGGUAAAGAUAAAAAUAGUACUGCUAUAUCACCAGCUCCUGAUCCUCCCAUAAUUAAUAAACACUGGAGUCAUAAGGAGCAUCCAUUAGUGCGGUUCCAGCAUAGUAGUCAUGAGAAUGAUAACAACGAAGAUAAUUAUAAUAAAAGAGAGUUGAUAUGCGAUGGUUGCAUUCAACCCAUAACUGUUAUCCAUCCGUCUUACUAUGCUUGCAAUCAAUGUGGUUUCUUGCUUCACUCCUUUUGUGCCACUCAGUUGCCAGGAGUAUUGGUAGCAGGAGCAUGUCCUCCUCAUCCCCAGCAUUCGCUUAAGCUUUACGGGAGAUCCAUCUUCUAUACUUCUACAAUGUGUGAGAUUUGCCGUAACAACACAAAUGGAUUCUACUAUCAGUGUAAGACGUGUGAUAUUAAAAUUGAUAUACGUUGUGCAUUCUUACCCACCAAGAUAAAGCAUAAAUCACACAACCACCAUUCCCUUGUUCUACGUCCAUCCUCCAAUUCGGUGUGUCGUGUAAGUGGUAUUCGGGUUACAGGUGGUAUGGAAUAUGGAUGUAAAAUUUGCAGUAAGUUCCAGAUGCGUAUAGCAUGUGCAUUCUAUCCCAGUAUGAUGAAACACAAAUAUGAUGAUCACCCCAUAACCUUGAGACUACCUCCAUUCUUCUACGAGGGAGUAUUCUAUUGUGAAAUAUGUGAGGGACAAGUUAACAAUCAGUGGUGGCUCUAUCAUUGUGGUGAAUGUGAUCAUUCUAUGCACACUUAUUGCCUCCGUUGGAUAGAAAGUCUUAAGCUUGGAAGGAGUGUUGAACUUGAUAUCAACGAUCAAUUACACACACUUACCUUGGUGUUAAAGACGCGUGCAACAAUUACUCAGCCUAUGAACAAGUGUAGAUAUUGUAAGAAAGAGUACAUCACUAAUCUCUUCUUAGAAUGUGAUGUGUGUGGAUAUCUUAUCUGCUGUCCCUGUUUCAAGAAAAUCAAGGCGAGUAACAAGUCCAUACACUUUUGAUGCAGCCAUUUCUUUACCUCUCCUCUGUGGAAAACCAAAAGACUUCAAGAAUUUUAUUUCUUUUAUUCUUGUUUAAAAAAUUGUCGUUAUUUGUUUCUAUGAAUGAAAGUAAUUUACCUUCUAAAGUAUUUUUAUUCAUGUAAUAUGUUAUUUUC